AUGUUGUUUUUAUCAUUAGGUCCCAAAACGAUCUUAGGAGUGGUUGAAUCUUUCAAACCCAACAAAGCCGGCACUGAAUAUUUAGGGGAUGCCAACACAAGAUACCAAGUUCCUCUCCAUAAUUUACGAGACAUGGAGGAACCACCAGAUUUGAAUACAUAUGGAUUUACUUAUGUUUCCGGAAGACACAUGCAAGGAAUGGAGGAUUUAGAAGAACUAACUAAGACAGAAUUGAUCGAUAAGUAUCAAGCUGCCUUGACAGUAGAUUCAGUUAAACUUGUUCAAAAGUUGACAGGGUCUUCGGUGGCAAUCUCCUAUUCAGAACAGUUUAGACAGCACAAGAACCCGCGUGAAAAGGAAUCAGUCUCAAUGAUUCACUCAGAUUUGUCACCAAAAGGAGCCGAAUUCAUGAAACACCAGCUGCGAACAGAAUUUCUGCAAUCAAGCAACCCAGAGAAACGUAUUUUUGGAAAACAACUAUCAGAAGGAGGUCAUCAUGUUGUGAUGUAUAACGUUUGGAGGCCGCUUCGAAAGGUUGAAGACAAUCCUCUUGCGCUGUGUGAUUGGAGAUCGGUUUCAAAGGAAGAUCGAAAAAAUUUCGAAAUGAAAGUCGCUGGGCUACACAACUCGAUUCAAGCAUGGGACUAUAAUAGAAAUCAAAAUUGGUUCUUCUUACCUAAACAAGAACCUCACGAAGUAUAUGUAUUCAUUCAACACGACAGUAGUGCCAAAGAUGGAUAUGGUAUCAGUGUACCGCAUGCUUCAUAUUUUUUGACAGAUAAUGAUGAGAUGAAUCCCCAAAGGAUGAGUUUUGAGUGUAGAGUCAUUGCACUCUUUCCGAAAAAAGGAAAAUUAGAAAAAGUGCGACAACGGUUCAAAUCAAUUUUUAGCCGAAACAUUUGGGGCAAAAAGCAAAUUUCGGUAAACAAUUGA